GCCUCCGAAAUUUCUGCCCAUUUCGCUGUUGUGACACUCUCCACCACACUCUCCAAACCAUCUUUCACGAUGUUGAUAUUGGCUCUGGUCGCCCUUGGCGUUUUCUGGCUUUACCGGUUCAACUCGGCCUUGAGAUCUACCCCUGAGGAAGCCCGCAAAUUCUCACCCAAGCGCUGGACAAAAGAGCAGGUGAAGGAAGCCUAUGAAAAUGUCAAGAAAAACCCCGUCAACUUUCUCAAACAUGUGCCCCCCGCUCAAGAGAGAAGAUACAUAAUCGUCGGCGGCUCGGGCCUUGUGGGUGGUGACAUCGUCCUCCAGCUCCUCGAGCGAGGCCAAUCCCCCUCCAGCAUCCGCAUCCUCGACUUCGCCCCCAUCACCAGAGACGACAUGCUCCCCAAGACCUCCGCCUGCGACUUUGUCCAAACAGACAUCACCUCCAUCCCCUCCGUCGAAGCCGCCUUCUCCAAACCCUGGCCCCCCUCCGUCUCCCACCUCCCCCUCACGGUCUUCCACACCGCAGCCGUGAUCCGCCCCCAAGAACGUCACCCCCUCCUCUACUCCCGCGUCAGCCGCGUCAACCGCGACGGCGCCAUCAUCGUCCUCAACACAGCCAAAAAGCAGCACCACAACUGCGACAUCUUCAUCGCCACCUCUUCAGGUUCAGUCAGCAUAACCCCCACCCGCUUCAUCCCAACCUGGCCCUGGCAGUCCCAUCCCGCCGGCUACUUCCAGCUUUGCAACGAAUCCGACUUUGACCUCCCCCUCCGCCCCCACUCCCACUUCUUCGCCAACUACGCCCGCUCCAAAGCCGAAGCCGAGAGGGCAAUCUGCUCCGCCAACACGGCCAACUUCCGAACCGGCUGCCUCCGCCCGGGAAACGCAAUCUACGGCCAAAAGACCGACCCCUUGGUUGGGAACAUCCUCCGGGAGGGGGAGUACAUCGCCUUUACUCCCCAGGUGAUCCAGUCAUUUGUCUACUCCCGCAACGUCUCGUUGGCGCACCUCCAGUUCGAAGCCGCGCUCCUGCCAUCUCCCUCUGGUACCGCCCCCCCGGCGUGUGCAGGGAGACCGUUCGUCAUAACAGACGCCGGACCACCCAUCACCUUCCGUGACAUGGCCCUAGCAUGCGAGACGCUCUCCGAUGCCAAGUUCGCUUACUCUGAGGCUUCGCCCCUCAUCAUCCACGCUAUCGCCCACGUUAUGGAAUUCUGGUCGUUGCUCUUGGCAAGAGCCCCGUUUUUGACGAGGUGGUUUGGGUGGAAAGAGGCAAAGGGGCCGAUCAGUAUGCUCCAGCCUGCGGUGUUGAAUGUGGGGAUUCACUCCGUGGUGGAUGACAGCAAGGCCAGGAGGAGGGUGGAGGAGGGGGGGAUAGGGUACACGCCUGUGGCGAGCACACUGGAGGGGAUCUCGAUGCAGAUUUCGGAGUUUAAUGAGGAUGUGAGGGCGGGGAGGAUCAAGGGGGUGGGGUUGAGGGAGGGAAAAAAGAUGGCAAUGGUUGCUGAGGAGGCGGGGGCUCUUGCUUCGUAG